GGAAUACAAUACAAGACUGGCCCGUUGCACAACCUGUUUCUUGGAUAUUCAGGCCAUAUUACUGGAAUCUUUGCGUCCUCUUUCUCCUGAAUCGUUGCCGCACCUGCGCCGACUUUCCGUUCUAGCGGGUCACUCGCCAUGUGCUACCGAUCGUAUACACUCUCAAUCAAGUUGUCGCUCGUUUUCUCGAAAGUGGGAUUCUAGCCUGGAAGACGGCUUGUACGCCCCCAAUCGCUCGCUCAAAAUGAUGCUGUCUCUUCUUCGGGGCGCUUUGCCUGUGGUGUUGCUGGCCUUCCCCGGUUCUGCAGAUGCGGCGUACUCAAUCGACACAAGAGAGGACAUCAUCACAACCGCAAGCACACUCGCAUACGACCUCAUGAAAUUUUAUGACGGAAACCAAACGGGGAAGAUCCCAGGCAUCCUACCAGGACCACCAGACUCGGGCAUGGGUGACUACUAUUGGUGGCAGGGCGGUGCUAUGAUGGGGACAUAUGUCGAUUAUUGGUAUUACACGGGCGACGACAGCUAUAACCACGUCAUCACGGAGGGGAUGUUGCACCAGACCGGAAGCGAUCGCGAUUAUAUGCCUAGAAACCACACACUCUCACUUGGCAACGACGACCAGGGCUUCUGGGGCAUGACGGCGAUGCUAGCCGCCGAGAACAAGUUCCCCAAUCCGCCUCAAGACAAGCCGCAAUGGCUCGCCCUCGCCCAAGCUGUAUGGACAACUCAAGCAGACCCGGAAAGACAUGACAGCACUUGCGGUGGCGGGAUGCGAUGGCAAGUACCCAGAACCAACGUAGGCUAUGACUACAAGAACACCAUCUCGAACGGCUGCUUCUUUAACAUCGGCGCCCGCCUGGCCCGCUACACCGGCAAUGAUACGUAUGCCAGGUACGCAGAGGAGACUUGGGAUUGGUUGUGGGCCGUGAACUAUAUCGACCAUGAGAACUGGAGGGUGUAUGACGGUGGCCACGUUCCUCAGAACUGCACAAACAUCUUCAAGGCUACCUUCUCGUACAACAUCGGUGUCCUGAUGCAGGGCUGUGCAUUUCUCGCCAACUAUACAGGAGAACAAAAGUGGUUCGACCGCACUCAAGCUUUGGCGAACCGCGCUAUCGAAGACUUCUUUGCCGAUGGUGCCGCCUAUGAGAUCCCUUGCGAGUUCGAAACCGGACGUUGCUCGCAGGACAUGCUGAGCUUUAAGGGAUACCUCCACCGCUGGAUGACCGUGGUGACACAACUUGUUCCCUCGACCCGUGACCUUAUCAUGCCUGUCUUGCGCAACUCUACAGCAUCAGCUAUCCGCCAAUGCACAGGUGGUGCGUCAGGGAGGGUCUGCGGUUUCUACUGGACGACAGGCCAGUUCGUCGACCCGGCCAUAGACGAGACGAGCGGUGCUGGCGAGGCCAUGAACGUGCUAGCAGCGGUGCAGAGCCUCUUGGACGUCGAUCCCCCUGCCACGAACGAUACGGGUGGCACCUCCAAAGGCGACCCAAAUGCCGGCUUAAACUCGAACCCUUUCAAGGAGCACUCGACCGUCACCGCCGGCGAUCGUGCCGGCGCUGGUAUCCUGACGGUCAUUGUUCUCGUCAGUGCCGUGGCUAUAUGGGGUUGGAUGUCAAUCCCUCAUGCAGAAUGGAACGAACCUAAGGGCAAGGAGAAGGAGAAGAUGAGCCCGAAAAGUAUAGAUGCAGGCAACUCACAAGAAAGUGUUACGGUACCAAAUGGUACUUUGAUCUAAAAGCGUAUCAAAUACCUACAAGAGCAGAGGAAAUGGGAAAUCCGUUGAACUAGAAAAGCGCUCGUCCUUAUCAUAUGGGCGGCAUUAUUUUUUGCAUCAAAAGCUUACAUCAUUUGGGCUUAACAUAAUCGGAG